CCGGUCCUGAAUUAACCAAACCAACCGGAGGCAGAAACGACGCAUCAGGUGCGACAAUGGCGUCGUCCGCUCCCGCUCCCGCGAAGCCCAUCGCUCUCCUGCCGGCCCCAAUCCGCGGCGGCGGCUGCUAUUGCUGGGCGCCAAGGCCGACGGUCCCGGCUGCGGCGGCCCGGUUCAGGGUCUCCGCCUCCGCCGCCUCGUCGGACGUGCCCGACUUUCUCUCCGCCAACUGGCUUGAAACACGGAAGAGAAAGCCUUUCGGCCCCAGGUUGAAUUUUAAUGCAGAAGAAGCAGUGGAAUACCAACUCGAGGCCUUAAAAUACAAUGAUCAACCCCGCCAUGAUUAUGGGAUAGAGGUCAUGUACCGGUUUGCAGGCUUCGAUCCUUUUGAAAGGUCAACUUAUUUUGGACGUCAGUUUGAUCUAGGGCAGUUUGAACGCUUCCGGCGUUUAUUUCACCAUUCAACGUACAGAGUGCUUUUGGGCCACAAAGAGAGACAAAUAUUAAGCAGUUUAUGGGUUGAAGAGAACCGAUUCAAACAAAGAGUUUGGGUUCAAGGAUCCCGUCCGGAGGAAGAAGAAAUAUUUCAAUUUACAAUGGUUCAGUGAUCUUAAUCGACUGCUGUUAUAGAGAGUUGGAGGCUCGUGGGACGGUUACUGGUUAACUGAGAGCUUAAUCAAUGAUGGAGACGCAUUCUCCGGUGGUAUAGCUUACUGAUGGAUUCAUGACAUGCACUCGUAUGAAUUGACGUACAUAUUAAUGCCAUAACAUAUAGCACUGUAAUUGUGAAAGGUUGUCUCAGUAAUAGGAUUUUCCCUGCCCUUAUAGAUGUCAUGUUAGAAGUGGCAGACUAGCAUGUGGCAUGAACCAUGGUUCCAUGAUAGUACAUAGAAUUUGGCUGGGAUAAGGUGGCGGAUAAGAUUUGCCUUUCUGGGAAGAUUUGGCGAUGUAGAACACGCUACUGCUGUAUAGAAAGAGCUCUUGUAUGGUGCACACAAAUGGUCAAACCUGCAACUUUGUUAAAGUACUCUACACUUGCAGUACUUACAAAGGUGCGUGUUUGGGUAAGGAAGAAUGGCGCUGCCCCGUUUUCGUAAGAAACCCAGGUUUUACCCAUAA